AUGACCAUUGAGGCUACCACCGACGUUUCGCCCUUCGAGGUGCUGACCCGAUAUGCCGUCUUCUCCACCACGCACGAGAAGACCUGGUGGGCGAAGACCGGUCCGCUCCUGGGGCGGAUCCUCGCCUCUGCGGAUUACACCCUCUCCCGCCAGCUGGAGGCCCUGGUGUUCUUCCGCGACGCCAUCAUCCCAUACCUGGGCCCCUACCCGCAGGAGUUUCGGAGCUGCAUCACGCGCAGUGGCCUCCCGCUGGAGUUCAGCGUCAACUAUCAGCAGCGCGGGGAGAUCGGCCCAGUGGUGCGGAUUGGGGUUGAGCCAGUCCAUGCUGCCUCGGGGACGGCGGAGGACAGGUUCAACCAGCAAGCUGUCCAUGGCUUUCUGAGCGUUCUGGGGGUCCUUGAUAUCCCUGGGUACGACCCGUUUCUUUUCCAGCACUUUUUCAAGACGCAUGUCCUUAGUCCAGAUGAAAUGGCCUCCCUCGCCCGGAAUAAGAUGGAGGGUUGUGAUUCCACAUCGUCCGCUGCCUUUGGGUUUGACCUCAAGCCAGACACCAUCUCGGUCAAGGGGUACACGUUCCCUGCCUUAAAGUGCCAUGCCAAUCAAAUGGGCUUUGGCGACGUGAUUCGCCAGUCAGUCAAUCCACUUCUACCUGUGAUGGGGGCCAUCCCGUCCAUGGACAUGGUCAACGAAUAUAUGGACGAGACGGACGGGUACAGCCAGUUUGCCUUCUGGUCGUUUGACUGCGUGGAUCCUGCGAAAUCGCGGCUCAAGCUCUACAGCUCCAGCAACAGCGUCGUCUGGUCGAAGGUGCAGGAGAUCUGGACGCUGGGCGGGCGAUCCAAUUCCGCGGUCGUCCAAAAGGGACUCGAGCAUCUGAAGGACCUCUGGCAGAUGAUCGGGCUUGCCGAGGGGCACCGCGACUUCGGCGGACACGUUGACGACUUCAGUCCCACCCCCAUGGUCUGGAACUAUGAGAUGAAGGCCGGCGAAGCUGCGCCGCUGACCAAGUUCUAUUUCCCCGUCCACGGCCAAAGUGACAAGGAGAUCAUCCGGGGCCUAUCCCAGUUUCUUGACAAGAUUGGGCUGGGUUGCUACGGCAGAGCGUACGAGAGCGCGGUGCGGAGCUACUUUCCCGAGCGCGACAUUGACCAGACCGGCCGGUUGACCUCUUGGAUUUCGUUUGCGUAUACGGAGAAGACGGGCGUCUAUCUGAGUGUCUACUACCACUCAUCACUGGAUUACCCAUGGCUGAAGGAAGAGGGGGCUCACAUGAAUGGACUUGUUAAUGCUUCAUGA